UGUCGCGCGCCAUGUGUCGCCAUGGCGUAGGGGGCGUGGCAUUCUUUAGGUGUGAAAGAAGCUAUGGUGUGGCAUUUGGCUGUGGCAACCCUCAUCUUCCUUUCGCUAUAAGUGAGUUAUGGGGUCGAUUCUAAACGAGGGAUUGACCGAUGGAGCAAGGGAAGAUCAUCACGACGAAGAAGCAGCCGGCCAGUCUUCCCAUCACGAGCAAAGCUCCUCGCAGGGAAGCGAUCCUCUGGUGAUAACUUUCCGGAUCUUCAAUGUUAUCACCGCCAUUGCGGCAUUGCUUUGUACCGCCGUGAACAUCAUCUCGGUGGUUCGCUCCUUCAAACAUGGACGAGACAUCUUUGAAGGCAUUCUACGCUGCUAUGCAGUGAUCAUCGCUUUGUUCGUAGCAGUCGCGGAGACAGAGCUGGAACACAUAUUGAAAUUCUGGCGAGUUCUCGAGUACUGGGUCGGACGAGGCAUGCUACAGAUCUUUGUCGGAGUGAUGACGAAGGCCUUGUCAAACGAGCACAGAGACAAGGCAUACCAAGUUGUUCUUGCGGAAGUUGCAAGCGGUUUACUCCUUGCCUGUGGAGCAAUCUACGUUAUUGCGGGUCUACUUUGCGUUGGAAAACUCAAGCGUUCUAGAGUGGAUAAAUCCAACUGGCGAGAGAAGGCUGUCAAGGAUCUCGAGGAUAUGGAUAGAAAGAGAGACGAGCUGCAAGCUCUCUUGUCCAAGUGAGUGAAUCACUCGUCCCACUGAUAAAUUAUUUGUGUACACUACGCGUGGCCUUUGACACAUAUGUCCGCUUGUUUGGAUUUUUUUUUCCUUUCCACUUUCUUUUUCAUAAAAUGACGAGAUUGCGAUCGACUUCGUAGUUUCUUUCCAGUAAAAA